UCUGCUGCAAACAAACCAUACUUGCUACUGCGCACGCGUGGAAUGUUCCAUUUUGCAUUAGGACUACACUCUGAAAUACUGUACGGGUUUUAUACAAAGCUUGCCAAUACCAGCUUGAUAACGAUAUUAAGAACAUAUUUCAGCGCUUGUAUUGGUUAUCUAUGACAUUUUUGGGAUAUUCUAAUAACCAAAGUCUUUAAACAUCAAAAUAAAUACCCAUAUUUAGGUGAGAUAAUGGGACCAUCCAUGGAACGUAUGUGUAUCACCAUGGAGAUUGCGACGCUUGGACUUUCCACAAGCUUUUAUAUACCUUUUUCUUAUACAUAUUAGUAUUUUAGACAAUUACAAAUCCUAUGUCAGAAACAGUACUAGUAAAAACGUAGAUUUAUACUUUCCAUUCCUGUGAAUAUCAAUAACCUGUAUCGUAAUAUAAAGGACUUAGGCCACGCCCAUGUGUAUGCCGCCCCAGUGGCCUAAUGGAUAAGGCACUGGCCUCCUAAGCCAGGGAUUGUGGGUUCGAGUCCCAUCUGGGGUGAUCUGUUUUUCUUUUUUUCUGUGAAAAAAUGGAAACUGCCGAGAAAAUGCGCGCUGUGUCAGAAAAUGUGUGCAAUUGAAAGGACCAGCCACCAGAAAAGAAGCACCCCGUCGGUUCUUGAGAAAUCGCGGUUCUGUGCUGAAAUAAGAACAUUUAUUUCCUAGUUAACAGCUAACAUGGAGACCAUUGAACUGUGCAUGCUGCUGCUGAGCACUUCGGUGCAAACUUACCGUGAGUAGCAGGUCCAUGGCUGGUAUGGAAAUUGCAAAACGAUGUUGUUAAUCAAAUACAGUUUCACCUAUAUGUUUACAAAAUGCAUUUUUUAAAGUGUGUUCUCUUCUGAUGUAUUUCGUUCUAUUUUAUUAGCGUUUAAAAGUGACUAAAAUGUAAAUGUAAUGACACAUAAUGCCACAUUAAUGGGCUAUAAUAGUCAAGAAAUUAAAAUACUUUUUUAUUUUAAAGAUUUAUUUAGUCAAUAACUCAUGUUAUUAACUAAUGUUGUAUUGGUUUUGUCAAUUAAUCAAUCAAAUUAUUAUUAAUAAUUAUAUUUAUUUUAAAAUGGUAAAUAUAUUUUACUUGAAUCAGCAUGAGGUUUAUUAUAGAGUGGGUUUUUACAUAAAUGGUUUUGCUUUGGUGUAUAAUGGUGCAUACAUAAACAUAAUAAGAUAAAUGAAUAUGGAAAAACAAGAGCAAUUAUUUACUAGAAUUGUAAAUAAAUGAAAUAUUCUAAUAUUAUUAAAAAAAAUAUGGAACAAAUAAACAAGACGAAAUGUAAUUAAAAUAUGACAAAUAACUGUGAAAAAUAUUUGUACAAAGAAAUUCAAUUCAAGUUUGACAAUUAACAAAAAAAAGGUAUGUACAGGAAACAUACAUUUACAAAAAAGGAAAUCCAAUAAAUGUAUGACUGUGAAUAUUACAAAAAUAUUACAAAACUAAAUAUCUGAAAUCAAGCAACACAUAGGAAAAUGUUAAAAUAUUUUUAUUUCCAAGCUGUGUUUUUACAUAUAGCUUAUUCUAAUGGUGUCAUGACAUUAUCUUACAUAAUGAAUGUUAUCCAACUUCAACCCUGUGACCCUGCCCAUCCUCCUCCGAUGGUAGAGCUCCGAGAGGCCACCGUGUAUUGGGACGCUGCCCAGAAAAGGGUACUCCUCAAGGAGGGGGUGAUGGAGAGCGAGGGGGGGGCCUACGGGUUCUUCAAUGACACCCUGCUGCUCUCGGGAUGGGGCGUCCUGGAGAUCUCUGCAGGUCAUGGAGCAGGAAGUACGCAGGAAGACGAGACCACUUUCUUCCUGGCGGGGUACCUGGAGGGUUAUCUCACUGCUGGACAGAUGUUCAGUCAUUACUCCAACAUGUACCCUCAGUUCCUGAAGGAUGAGAAGGUUCUGAAUCCUCUGAAAAGGUUUUUAAGCAAGCAGGACCAGUGGUCCAGAGAGCAGGUGAGGCUGAGGAGACACAGCGACCCCCUCUGGAAACACUUGGGACUGAUCCUGGCCCAGCUGGAUGGUCUCCAGGCCGGAGCGGCACGCUGGGCCAAGAGCAAACACAGAGAGCCUCUCUCAGCGUUCGCCCUGCAGUUUCUGAAUGGCGUUGGCGACCUCCUGGAUCUGGUCCCGGCUCUGACGCCUCGCUCCAAGUCCUCCUCAGCGGCCGGCGCUCUCAGGACGCCGGGCAUGGGCCACUGCACGGCUCUCAUCAAGGUUCUUCCGGGCUUUGAGAACCUGCUGUUCGGACACUCCAGCUGGUACACGUACGCAGCCACCAUGCGCAUCUACAAACACUGGGACUUCAGGGUGUCCGACACACACACCGCCACUGGGAAGAUGUCCUUCAGCAGCUACCCUGGCUUCCUGAUGUCUCUGGAUGAUUUCUACCUGCUGGGCAGUGGCCUCCUGAUGACCCAGACCUCCAUCGGGCUCUUUAACUCCUCCCUCUUCUCCCUGAUUGGUCCUCACAGCCUGCUGGCCUGGCAGAGGGUCCGCCUCGCCAACAUCCUGGCUCUCAGCGGAGAGGAGUGGGCGUACAUCUUCUCCAAAUACAACUCGGGUACCUACAACAGUCAGUACAUGGUGGUGGACCUGAACCGGGUUUCUCUGGGUCGCAGAAUAAGAGACGGAGCGCUCACUCUGGUGGAGCAGAUUCCCGGGAAGGUGAUGCACUCGGAUCAGACUCAAGCUUUACGCAGGGGUAAGAAACAACACGUUCAUAAAUCCAGAGGUUUUCAGGUGGUCAUUUGUCUGCUUCCUCAAUGUUUUGCAGGUUAUUGGCCGUCCUACAACAUACCAUUCCACGAGGAAAUCUACAACCUGAGUGGGUACAGUGCGAUGUGGAAGAGAUACGGAGAGGACUUCUCUUACGACCUCUGCCCUCGAGCUAAAAUCCUCCGCAGGGACCAGGCCAAGGUGUUCGACCUCAGCUCCCUCAAACACAUCAUGAGAUACAACAACUACAAGAGGGACCCCUACUCUAAAGGCCAUCCGUGUAAAACCAUCUGCUGCCGCAACGACCUGAGACCACGGAGACCCCGUCCUGGAGGAUGCUACGACACAAAGGUGACAGAUUACCAGAUGGCGGUCCAGCUGGCGGCGGAGGCAGUAAACGGCCCCACGACGCAGGGGGGUCUGCGCCCGUUCUCAUGGCAAUCCUUCAACCUCACCUCCCAUCAUGGCCUCCCACACACCUACGACUUCCCCUUCGUCACUAUGAGACCAACACUGCAUCAUCCCUGAGAGCACAGAGACAGAACAUAUAGAACCAAAUCCAAGAAUAUGUCGUGCUUUCCUGGUCAAAUCAGGAAUGUUUGUGGCAACACUGAAACAAAUCAGAAUCGGUUUUAUUACCAAGUAGAUUUACACAUACAAGGAAUUUGCUUUGGUUUAAAUGGUGCGUACAAAGACACAGAAAUUAUAAAAGCUAUUUAAAAAAGAUGUGAGCAACUGAGUACAGUCAAAAUAAAAUAGAAUAUCACAAAUACUAUAUUCAAAGUGGAAUGAUGAGAAGGUUUAAAAGGUUGUAGUGUGGAGCAGAAAUGUGCAACAUGUGCAAAGGGUUGUACAGGAUUUGCAAUAUUAUAAAGUUUGGUUCGCA